AUGAUUAAUUAUAAUUAAAUAUAUGUUGCAGUUCGCAUUAAAGCAUUUCUAAAUGUUUAAGACAUAAAUUAAAGUUGUAUAUCAUCCUUCACAGAUGUAUUAAUAUUACUAAUUAAAAUAUUAGAAAUCAAUAGUUAUAUCCAAAUCUGAUCUUUAUGAAUAAUAAUAUGAAUUUAAUCAAAUUUUUGAUACACAGUGUGAUCAAGAAUAAAUUUAUUUGUGUGUUCUCCAUCCUAUGGUUUAAGAAGCUUUGAAAGGAAUAAGUUCAAAUUUAAUUAUUUAUGGUUCAUAAGGAAGCGGUAAAACAUAUUCUCUUUUUGGAACUAUUGGCUCUUUUUUUACCUUAAAAUAAGGUUUAAUCAGCUUAGAAAGUGGUAUUGCAAUAAGAAUGAUUCAUGUAAAUAUUUAGAAUCUAUGUUUUUAGUAUUUACACUAAUUAAAAUAACUAUAAGAGUUAAGAAUUUAUAUAAUUGAUAAUGAAUUAAUUAUUAAUCAUUUAACUACGAAUUCAUAGUCUAAUUGGAUAGAAUUAGCUAAACAAUUAUAUGAAGUCAUUCAAAACCUUAAUGAUUCCAUUGUUCACGUUAUUAUAGAAAUAAAAACGAUGCUAAAUUCAAAAAUUAAAAUCAUUUAAAUUGGAUCCAUAAGCAAAGGAACUUCAGGAUAGAUGGUUACUCAUAAUAAGAGCAUUUUUACAUUACAUAGAUGUAUUCAGUGUAUAUUAGAUUAAUAAAAAUUAAAAAAAAUAGUUUAGAUGCAAAGAAUAUAUAUACCCUUUAGAGAAUCAAAAUUGACUAAUUUAUUAUCAAAUUCUUUUUUAGGAUAAGCAUAGUUAAAAAUUAUUCUUUGUUUAGCUCCUACUAAAAUAGAUGAUGCUUUGGGUACACUUUAAUUUGGAUAAUAAUUUCAAUAAAUCAAAAUUAUUAAAGAAUAAUAAGCUUAAUUAUCUAUUUAAUAGUAAUUUUAAACCCAAUCAUAACUUUAAUUAAAUGAAUUUAAUUCAAUGACGACUUAGAGCUAAACUCAGGAGAUGUUACCAAUUCAUUAUCAUUUAUAAAAAAUUUAAGAAUUGAAUGAUAAAUACGAAUCCAUUAUUCACUACUUACAAUAAAAAAUAAUUAAAUAUAAAAAUAAAUGA